AUGACUCAAACUAUCAACAACAUGUUAUAUUUGGUUCAAAAUAACCAUGCAAUGUGUAAAGUGUUGGCCAAUCGUAAGAUAGUAAUGGACCUGAUAGAGACUUCAAAAUUGAUCACAAAGAUAUCAUUUGCAAAGGUGACCCGUGAUAAAACCAAUCUCGGUAUAGCAUUCAUACGUGCAAUGUGCGUUGAAGAAGCACGUGUCAUUAACAUCAUUUCUGCCCUUUUACCUCAUUUUGAAUCUAUCCAUGAUAUACCAAUUCAAGAAUUGGUUGGGUAUUCCAAGAUUGGAGGAUUUCCAAUUGAAAUUCUUGUUGCUGAAAUGUUGGCCAAAUAUUUAGUAUCGGAUUUCAAUAACCAUGCCUUAUCGAUACUUUAUUUCAAAUCGGGUGUUGGUAAUCUAUUGAUAAAGUUGGCUUGUCAACAAAAAAAGAUCCUUGUGAUUCAAACGGCGUCGCUUUUAAUGUUUGAACAAAUUGGUAAAGAAUUCAUUGACAAUACCGAUUUAUUGAAUGACAAUGAAAAAAAGGUUGCCAAUAUCAUGUUUAGACACAAGUACGAUUCACUAGUUAAAUUAAUCAUCAAGAAAGGAUUAAACAACAAGGAUCUUUUUGAAAGUAUGUUUGUUAAUGGUUUGAUUUUGUUUGGAUGUGGUGCGAUAAGUGGUUGGAGACAGGGACUAUCAAUCCCUCAUAUUUACGAUAUGGGAAUGCUAUACUAUGGUGUAGAGAUGGCAAGACAAUUAUUUAAAUACCAAAUCAAAGAACGGCUAAAGAGUCGUGUCUGUUAUCCAACCAUCAUUCUAUCUGCUGCAAUGAGUGUACCAUAUGCUUAUUUGGGCACCACUAUGCUAAAGAUAUCACCGAUUCCAGUUAUACUCUUACAAAUUGGUAGAUCCUUAUAUUCCAACUAUAUCAGCCUCAAACAAGUCAAAAAAGCCAUACAUCAAUUACACAAUCAAGAUAUGGUGGUUCAAUACCAUCAAAGGAUUCAAUAUGUUGGUUCACUCUUUCAAAACCCAAAUAAAAAACAAUUACCAAGAAGUGUCAUCAUGGCAUAA